GCCCUCGUUACGAGUGUGUGUAUUGCAAUUACACUUUGAUUUAGGCGUUUCCCGUUAGUACUUUCUCACAACGGUUAGACAUUUUAAACGAAUAUUUAGUUUGAAUAAAGAAGAAGACUGCAGAAAGUAUCUUCGCUACUUCUGGAAAAUAUUUCUCUUAAAUCAUCAAAAUGAGCCGCACAUUCAUCGUUGCUUGUAACUGGAAGAUGAACGGAGAUACCGAGCAGAUUGUUCACAUCAUCAAGUAUUUGGCCCAGCUUCCCCUGGGUCCUAACGUAGAGAUCGUGCUUGGCCUACCUUCAGUUUAUCUGGCCUACGUAAAGAACAUUGUUCCUUAUAACGUGGCUUUGGCAGGCCAAAAUUGUUGGCACACUGCUAGAGGCCCCUUCACAGGCGAAAUCUCUGGGCCCAUGAUCAAGAAUGUUGGCGGUGAAUGGGUGAUACUUGGUCACUCUGAUAGGAGAAGGUAUUUCAGUGAAGAUGAUGAUCUAGUUGCUGCUAAGGUGGGUCAUGCUUUGGAGUCGGGCCUUAAAGUCAUUGCCUGCGUCUUUGAGCCGUUGUCCAUAAGAGAUGCUCAUCGUACCGAAGAGUUUGUAAUCAAGCAGAUUAAGGCUCUAGUGCCAGCUAUUGGCAAUAACUGGCAGAACGUUGUGCUGGCUUAUGACCCAGUCUGGUCUAUAGGUACUGGCAAGACUGUUUCGCCACAACUGGCUCAGGAAGUGCACGCAAUGAUCCGCAACUGGCUGUCCAUCAAUGUCUCCAAAGAUGUGGCUGAAAACGUUCGUAUUCAGUACGCAGGGUUUGUGAAUGAGUACAUCGCCACUGGGAUGAUCGCUUGCCCAGACAUCGACGGGUUCCUUGUAGGAUGCAGCAGCCUAACGCCCGAGUUCGUAGACAUUAUUAAUUCCUCCAACUAGAGGGCAAAGCUCGUGGAUAUGUUCUCAAUAUAAUCCACAUUAUUUUAAACUUCUUAGCUGUUUAUUCUGUAGUCAGUUUCUCAGUAGCAAGCAAAACAUUUAUCGCAACAGUAGUGUAGGACGUUAGUUUAAAUAAUAAGAAUCCCGUCAUUUGAUUACGGAUUGUUAGCAACUGCGUUGUUCAAUCCAGUGGCAAAUGAAAUUACGUCAUUUGAAUUUGUGUAUUAAUUAGGAUUAGUCGUAGCAUGUUGAAACGUGAAAGCCUAAUGUGUUCUAUUAGAAAUCUAAAAAAAAUAUUUCAAAUUCGUUAA